UUACACAUGUCUCAAAUCGAUAAUACUUUAAUCAAGGUGCGUGCUCGUCUCCGCGAGCGCGACAUUAAGCUCUGGGAGGAGCCCUACUACUUCGAGGGUGUGGGCAGCAUCGAGUCCGAGAUGGAGCGCCUGUCCCAAGAGAUGAGUACGGAUCUGGGCAUCAGUGUCUCGAACUGCCAGUGCGCCCUCUCUGAGAUGCAGGAUGGGGCCCUGCGUAAGCUGGCCGCAGCCAAAGAGUUCACUGAGACGGGUCUGGCCACAUUCAAUGUGCGGUGCGUGGAGGGCCGAGGCGGUACGUCCCAGAUGAUGGAGAUCAAGUGCUCGAUGAAUGGGCUGGGAUCGGACCUGCAGGACACAGUGGCCCAGCGGCUGAAGGUGAGCGGUGGCAGCAAUAUCAAAAUCAUCUCGGCUGGGCGCAUCAUCUCAGGCCAGCAGUCGCUGUCCUCGCAGGGUCUGAAGAACAAUCAGCAGCUGAUGGUUGUGGUUGGUCAGCGCGGAAAUGAGGCUGCGGGUACGGCCUUGUACGACCGCAUCCAAAAGAUACGCGAAGAUGUUUUGUUGAUUGUGGAGUCCGAUCGCCGUUUCCUGGAGAUUGAGGACCAGGACGGUAAUCCCGUCUUUCUGCCGCAAGCAGAGACCCAUACACUGCUCACGGCCCUGAGUUUCAGCGAGAAGGCAAGGGCCGCCAUGUCCCGGGAGGAGUACGACCUGGCAUUGUUGCUUCUACUGGAGGGAGACGAAUACUUCUCCCGGUGCAAUACUGCCUUCCUAGAGGCGGUGGAUAAUUAUGCUCUGAUCAACUUAGACAUAGUCUGGUGCUAUUUGUGUCUGAAAAACAUCACACAGCUGCCGGAUGCCCAACGACGUUUGGAAAUAUGUGAGAAGAACUUUCGCCGCACCUACGGAGAAAACCUCGAUCACUUCAAGGAACCGAACAGUUCGGAACGGGCUCUAAUCAUGCGCCUCCACUUGCUCCAGGGCGUGGUCUUAUUCCAUAUGAAUCGCCGCGACGCGGCCUACGAGCGACUGGAGAUGGCUGGCGCUGCUCUGGCCGAUCUGAAGGUCAGCCCCGAUCUUCUCCAGCAGAUGGUCGACAUGGGAUUCGAAGUAUCAGAUGCCAGGGUGGCCUUGCGGGCCACUUCUGGCCAAAUUGAUCGGGCUGUGGAUUUCAUUACUGAACGCGAAAAGAAUCUGAAUGACGUACGAAAGAAAUCGCUUCAGGUGCGCAAAGUCAAUCAUGAAAUCAAUCGUGAGGAAUGGGUCUGUCCCAGGUCCGUAUGUCGUCUUAUGGACAUGGGCUACGAGCAACAGCUGGUCGUGGAGGCUCUGAGGCGCACCAAAAACCAUCUAGAUCGCAGCAUCGAUCUUCUGCAGAAUGAGGCAGAUGAGCUACGUGCCAAUCUGUCCGCGACCUUGCCGGCGGAUGAAGCACUCCUCACAACGCUUCAACAGCUUGGCUUUUCUUUGGACACUUCACGGGCUGCUCUUGAGACGAACAGCAAUAACAUGGAAGCGGCUAUACAGUUCCUGAUGAGAAGUUUGACCACCGAAACGGAAUUACUUAACAUCAUCGAAGCGAUGACGCGCCUGUUGGACUACCAGGGUCCAUCGGGAUCACAGUCUGCUUCGCCAACCCUGAUCCAAUCGAUUCUCGACCAGGCCAAAGCCGAGAUGGAGUCGUACAAGGCCUUCGAACGUUUAUACGAAGAUGUGAUUGACAGCUCCAUUGUGUAUUUGGACUUGCCAUUGAUACAGGAGGAGCAAAUACUGAUCGAAUACAGGAACCUAUUGGAACGUUAAUAAGCCAAUAAAAUAUUAGUUUUGUUCAUUGUUUAUCUGUACAUAUAGUAUAAUCAUCGUU